AUGAUACAGGCACAUAUUAUCGUAAAGUUGCAAGAGAGUAUAAGAUACCACUUUCUGGGUGGAGCUUAGUGAGCGAUUAUAGAUAUAAUUUCAGCGUACCUUAUUAUGCAAAAUCACAACAUUGUCCACAUGCGUUUUAUGUUUACAUUGAUAACUUUCGCCUCAUAGAUAAUUUCGAACCACUUUACAAAAUCUAUCCAUCUUCUUUCUUUGCCCACGAUCGAGCACUGAUACUAAUGUGA